AUGAGUCUCUGUCAAGUCUGUCGACAAGCCUUGCCCUCGUUUCCAAGACCAGAUGACAAUCAAGGCUCAGUCACAGCUUCACUGCCAGAUAUCUCAAACUGGUCCGAAAGCUUAUUUGACGGGCAAUGGAUCUUGACAGAUCAUUUUAUACUGCACGGUUCAUGGGAAUCAUUGAAAACAUCAAUUAGUAAUGACUGUCCUCUAUGCUGGACCAUUUGGCGGUGCAUUCGAUCAUCACCAAUUGCAUCCCCGAAUGACGAAAGCAUAGCGGACUUUAACGCUCAGGUAUUCAAUCUUACCUGUGAACCCAAUGAUGCAGCGUAUACUUUAGAUAUUCGUCUGACUGGGCUUGGUCUCAAGACCAAAGACCUACGGCUAGCUGUUUGGAAGACCACGGAGAAGUGGUAUCUGGACACCGAGAAGGCAUUACCCAUCGUUGAACAACAUACACCUGUGUCCGUUGCUAAACUCGCAAAACGCUGGAUUAAUGCCUGCGAAGAAAAGCACCCCAACUGCCUAAAACAAGCCUCACCACCAGACACUGCGAAAAUGCCAACUCGGCUAUUGUAUUUAGGGGACAUCAAUUCAGAUACGUGGCGAAUCCAUGAAAGGCCCAAACACGUUCCAUAUAUCGCACUUUCGCAUCGUUGGUCACACGAAACACGAACACUACUCACUAGCAAUUACUACAACUAUUCGGACUGCCAACCAGAUAGCAUCCUACCACAAUCCUACCAAGACAUCGUCUCUAUCUGCCGUCACAUAGGUAUCCAAUAUCUCUGGAUCGACUCCCUCUGUAUUAUACAAGACGACGGUGGCUUCGAAUUUCGUCAAGAAGCACCAUUGAUGAUGGAUAUCUACCAAUACGCUUUCCUCACAUUAACAAUCUGCUGGGGUUUUCCCGGUCUCGGCGUUUUUCGCAAAUGUCGACCUCUCAGUAUACCCCGGCACAAACCUGCCGUUUCUUACCAUCGACAAGACUCUGUAUCUCAAAGAGAUGAAUGCGUGUUUGUCGAGCACAGAGAUGCAUCGGAUCUACAAGUCGAUGUGGACCAUGCACCACUAAACAAUCGCGCGUGGGUACUCCAAGAACGCUGUCUCUCAAGACGAUUACUCUACCUUGGAAACGAGCAAUUGUACUGGGAGUGCAACGGAUGUACGGGGAGUGAAGUCUCUCCUGAUCUCCACUGUCCUGCCCACAGGAGAGCUGACUCGGGACGUCAGUCAAUGGUUGAUCUUACAGGGCCAGAUAGAGACACACAUUGGAGUUGGGUACUUUCGAAAUAUACUGGAUACGAUCUGACAUUCGAACAAGAUAGGCUUAUAGCCAUAUCGGGUCUUGCUAAGCUUAUCGCUAGCAAGACUGGUGAUAAUUAUCUUGGUGGCAUUUGGCUUGAGUCUUGGAUGCAAGAUCUCUUGUGGGAACCAGAUACGGGUCCUGACUCCACGCGGAGGCCAGAGGUUGAAAGUGAUUCCACCGUGCGGCGAAUGCCACGGCCGUCUUGGUCAUGGUUAUCAUUUCCUGGGUCGGUCAUGUCUGGACGCAUGAUUAGAAGAGGGCCCAAGAUCUCACUCACAGCACCCAAUUCGUUUCAGUCAAAGGAAUUGAAGCCAUUAGCUCUUCUAAGUCAAACCAUCAUCACACCACCCGGGAGUGACCCUUUUGCUUCCUUUGAUCGAGCAGUUCUGAGGAUUAGGGGUCUGCUACUACCAGUGAGAUUCACUGGGACUCCGCCUAACACAGGCCAACCAUGUUACUUCCGUCACCAACAUGAAGUUACGCUUCCUGCAGCUGGUCUAGACUAUAUGCAACUACAAGCAUGUAAUCAAAACGAUGGGGUGUAUACUGCUAUCAGAUUCUGCUUUAGUAAAACUGUCAUCUUAUCCUCAAGGUACUUCCUUCUCCCGCUAUACCAAUACCAUUGGGCACGCGGCUUUGAUGAUUCGGGUAUUAAAGCCACUUUGGUAUAUGGACUUGUUGUUCAGGAAGUUUUGAACAAUGGUAGCCGAGAGUUUAUUAGGAUUGGAACCUGGAACGAGGACUUUUAUUCAUCUCAGAUCAGCCCUAUCAUCAGUAACACGAUUGUUAAACGCGGCGUUGGGAAGGCUUCUGCUGUGAGCGAUGAAAGUCUCAUAGUCAAUGAACGCACUUUUGACUCUAAAAUUGGUCAAUAUGGAGUGGCCACUUCUUCCUCAAAGGUAGCAUUUCCUCGAAACUUUGUCGAUAAGCUCUUGAUAUACGGACCAAACACUGAACAACUCGGCGGCAAUAUUGGCUCGGCAGGAUCUAAGACUUAUGCGACAGUUCAAUGUUCAUUACUACCAUAUUUUACCACAGCAGAGUGGGCUACUAUCUCACUAGUGUAG